AUGGAGCAGCCCUGCGCCGAGGAGCGUGAUGCCGCGGUGCAGGAGGGGCUGCGGCGCAGCAACGCCCGCUUCAUGCUCUCCAUGAGCCGCAUCCUGGAACGGUAUAAUCAUCCUUUCGAAGAUGACUUGCUUGUUUCCCUGGAUACUCUCACUUAUGAUACACCUGAGGGACCAAAACGAUGGGAGCAAGUGUCAAGGAAGGAAGUAAAAAAAUUGAAGAAGGAAAUGUUUAAGCGUAAUAGGAGACGUCAAUGGAAUACAGAAAUAUCAAAGCAACAGAGCAGUGAUUUUGAAGAUGAACACUCAACAGUACAGCAGGAAUCUUCUGAGAACUCUCGUGUGGAUACAUCCGAUUCAGGUGCAGAAAGUGGUGAUAUAGUAAGAAGAAAAUUUCAGGACAUUCACCUCCAGGUAACACCUCCACAUUCAUCAAAAGGUCAUUGUUUGACUUCACCAGUGAAAGAACCAUUUGGCAAUCAAGUUGCUGUUUGUAGAAAGAAGCUAGAAUUGUUAAAUGAAUGUUCUUCAUCCAUAUAUCAACAGUUACAACAUUCUGGUGCUCUCAGUUCUUCAAAUACAAUAGGCUCACCCAGGCAUAAAACUGGUCCAGAACUGAGCUUGACUUUGUGUGAUAGUAUCCUUGGAGAAUACCAGUCUGCAGAUGAGGAAUGCUCCUGGAGCAAUACAACUCUUGGAGACUUGUAUCCAUCAAUGGUAGAGAUAUUUUCAAAGCUCAUGACAAAGCAUUCUCAGAGAAAGGUGUUAAAGUACAUGUUGGGUCACUUAAUGUUCAAGAGAUGGCAUUCUAGAAGACCAAAGCUCAAUGUCACCCUAGGCAAAAUGAGAGAGUUCAGACCCUUUAAACUAAAGAAAGCGUUUCACAGCACAAGUAGCUGUAGAAGUGAAGACAGCCAGAGUCCAACUUUUGGAAAUAAGAACAGAGAAUUCUCUUGUGACAAUUGCCUCAUUAGUAAUUCAUCUGAUCUGGUGCCUUAUACUGAUACAAAUGAAAUCGAAAUGGGCUACUCUAACUCAAGUUUAGAACAUUUGGCCCUUGGAAAGGGCCAAGAAGUCUACAUACACACUGCUUUUACUGAUGUUAUGGAUAGAAUGGGAAAGACAUUUCUAGUUGAAGAUGAAUUACAGACUACUGUCUCACCAAGGAAUUCAGAAUAUGCAGAAAGUGAAAAAUUGGCUUACAAACGUUUCUCAGAACCCAGUUUUGUAACAUCUACUGCCAGUUCAUAUUCAAGAGCACUUCAUGUGAAAAAGAGUGAGACUCAGAAAACUGACUUUUGUGUUGUUACCUCAGAGGUGCAUUCAUCUGCUUGCAGUUCCCCUGGCAAUAGUAACAAUUAUAUGCCUAUCACAAAUUGUUCUCCUGCAAGAUCAUCAAAUACUGCAUUCAUGUAUCCUGAAAAAAUAAUUUCUGAAAGGCACAAAGGCUCAUUUUCCUCCUGGAUUAUGAAGCAUAGUCCUUCAAAGACACCCAAAAAAAACAAAGAUGCAUUUGAUGAACUCUACUACACAGUGUGUUCUGGAAAAUUCCAAAAGUCUCUGACAUUGACAAGACCUCUUAUAAACUCAUGGAACCUUGAAGAAAAAGGAAGAUUAGUGAAGAGUAAUUUUGGGUGGUCCACUGAGCAGCUUGGUAUAGAAUUUGACAGCAUCCAUGAGAAACUGUGUAGCAAGUCUGUUCCAAAAUUUCUUGGGUUUCAGACAGCUUCCAAUUUCAGGAAAUAUGAAGAAAUACAGAUGCCUGAAACUGUAAAUGCUCUUGUUAAUUCUCCUGUCCGAACUUAUUCUGCGAUUUCCAGAGUUAAAAGAACAGGAAAUGUUCAAAACUAUCUUCUUUCACCAGAAAAGCGACAGAAACUUAUACCAGGACAUUGUUUUACUUCAAAGAAAUGUCAAGAGCUUCCCCUCAGUAUAAAGAGUAGUCUUCAGACAGCUGGCAUGGAUCUUUUGAGCAACUACAGCAAGCCCCGCUUUAUUGCAGAUCAUAAGUUUCAUUGUCAGGGCUCUGGAUCUCAUGAUUCUUCAGAUAAAACUUUUCUUGAUACUGGCACUUCCCUGCAAGAAUCUGGGACUGCAGAUGUGCACCCUUUUUUGCGUGGAGCAAUGGAGAAUUGCAGCUCUCUCAGCAAUGUGAAGAAGCAUCACCGAAGGGUAUACAGAAAACUAAGCUACACUGAUGAGAAAGACCAGUUGAAGGAAUCCCUUGGAUGACUCUGGUUAAAGCUCAUCAAGAAACAUUCAUGCACUGAUACAGAUAAGACAGUUUUAUAUAGGUUGGGUUUUAUUCAGUGUUGUUUCUUCUUCCAAGAGUCAAGGAUUUUUAAUUAUAUGUAGGCAAUACACAACUAGUUCUGGUUUAUACUUUCUUGUAACAAAAUAUUUGGGAAAGAGUUUGUUCCUUUUGACAGGGUACUUGUUACUCGAUUUAUGACCAAGUUGGAAUUUUGUACUUGGCAGUAUUUGGAAUAAAAUAAUCUGCAUUUUUUAUUUCCUAAUAAACUUUUAUUUUUACUGCAUUAAUAAUAAGGAACAAGCUCGUUUACCUAAAUUCUUGCCUAUUCAUGUUUUUGAGUGUAUCAGUACAGAACCAAAUUCACUGCUAUAUGCCAUGUUAAUUUUAGCGUUUUUAAGUAGAUCACCAAAGUUGAUAUAAGCUUCGUUUCUUACUGUGUGAAUAAUAAGGAACAACCUCAUUUACCUAAAUUGCUUCCUAUUCAUGCUUUUUGAGCAUACACAGACCAAAAAUCACUGCCGUCUGCUAUGGCUUGAGUCUGCUAUGCAAUGUUAAUGUUAAAAGUUUCCAAGUAAAUCACUAAAGUUGAUUGUUCAAUAAAAUUUUAUACUUUUUAUUAGAUUUGAUAAUUGCAUUUUGUGUUUUGAUUAAGUUCUACAUGAUACAAU